AUGCAAUCUCUCACACGCUCUCUCACACGCUCUCUCACGCACUCUCUCACGCGCUCUCUCAGACGCUCUCUCACGCGUUCUCUCACGUGCUCUCACACGUGCUCUCUCACGCGCUCUCUCACGCACGCGAUCUCUCACGCACACUCUCACGCGCUCCCUCACGGGCUCUCUCACGUGCUCUCACGCUCUCUCUCACGUGCUCUCUCACCCGCUCUUACACGCUCUCGCACGCGCACUCGCAUGCGCUCCCUCACGCGCUCCCUCACGCGCUCUCUCACGCGCUCUCUCACGCGCUCUCUCACGCGCUCGCGCUCUCUCACGCGCACUCUCACGGUUGCACACUCUCACGUGCACUCUCACGCGCACGCUCACGCGCUCUCUCACGCGCUCUCCCACGUGCUCUCUCACGCGCUCUCUCACUCGCACUCUCACGCGCUCUCUCACGGGAUCUCUCAUGUGCUCUCACGUGCUCUCUCACCCGCUCUCUCACACGCUCUCGCACGCGCUCUCGCAUGCGCACUCUCAUGCGCUCUCUCACGCGCUCUCUGA